AUGCUUGAUUUCAGGCAGAAGACUGUUGAAGCCAUCGGGGUGCAUGGUGUCACAAUCGAGUUCAUGAAGACCAUGAAUGAAAGCGAAUGGGAUGAGGUCAUACCAUGGGUCGGCCCACGCGGAGUUGUCCGAUCACAUAUUGCAGCGAGUAAUAUCGGCGCUCCCAAGAGGAAACAAUUCUCAGAUGCUGAGGUGAUGAUAAUGAGAGAGGAGGUCAAGAAGAUCAAAUUUGAUGAUCCAGUACUAUCAUUGCCCCAGGAUCCGCACUCUCAUCAGAUCGAAUGCGAUUCAAUUUCAAAGACUCAUUAG